AUGGAAGUCACUCAAGUACAAGAAAAUUACUGCAAAGAAAAUUAUCCUUCAUGGAAUAUGCUUGGUAAUAAUUUGCAACUCAAACCAUUAAAGGAUGCGAAAUUUUCACUAAAAAAUAAAAUAUUAUCUUCAACACACGUGCAACCACCAUUGAAGUAUACUCCAUAUGAUUCAAUCUUACCACAAAAAAGUCAUGACUCUCAGGGUUAUGAUGGUUUAUCAGAUAUCGAACCAUUGAAAGACGAUGUGUUUGCGAUAAUAAUUGAUACCAGGAGUGAUAAUUAUAAAAGUAAAUUUAAAAAUGAAACAUUGUUGAAUUAUGAUGAUUAUUGUUUUAUUAAUGAGAAUUCAAUCAUUUAUGAAAGAGGUACCAAUUGUAUACUUAGUUACGAGGAAGUGGAACAAAAUGAUGAUGAUGAAAUAAAUAAUCUUGAUCAAAACGUGGACAAAAGUUUAAUAAUAUCAGUAAAAAAAUGUUUUAAUUGUUUAUCACCACAUCAUUCAUAUAACGAUUGUCAAUUACCUUUAAAUCAAGAAUUAAUUAAAAUAAACCGAGAAAAGUUUAAUAGUAUUGGUGGUCAACAACAAUUUAAUAGUAGAUAUUAUAUUGAAUAUGAAAAAGAUCUUAUUUUUAAUAUUUUUUCCCCAGGCGUUAUAAGUGAUGCGUUAAAACAUGCUUUAGGGAUAUUGGAAAGUGGUGAUGAGCCUCCUUAUUAUAAGAGGAUGAGAGUCUUUGGAUAUCCUCCUGGGUAUUGGGGAGAUAAAGUGGGUGAUGACAGAUUAUCUAAAUUGGAAUUAGAGAAUUGGAAUUCCGCAACAUUAAAAAUUUAUGGUGAUGUUUCAACAGAUGAUGAUUCUGACAAUUCAGAGAAUGAAAAAGAAUCAUCAUCAGAAGUAGUGGAGAAUUGUUAUUAUCAAUAUCAUUGGACUAUCCCUGAUUGGUAUAAUAAUGGAUAUUCGGGGAAUGCAUGCAAUUGGUGGUAUAAUUACCAAGAGCCACCACAUACAAUUAAUAACAAUAUAGAGCAACCACCGCCUCCCGGAACUACAAGUAAUCUAGGACAACUUCAACAACCUCCUUCAUCUUGGAUAAUAAGUAGUUUAGAGACGUAUCCUCCGCCUCCCGGGAUAAUACCUUUAGCUAGAACAUUUAAUGAUUCUCAACAAUCGCCUGUACAUAAUGCAUCAUUCUUGCCAUGUCAGAAUGUCCCAUUUUCAAUACCUUCUUUAUCUGAACAAAUACAGCAGAGAUCUGAAGAUCAAAUUAUGAAAAAAAGUAAUCCAUACAACAAUAUCGAGAUUCCGAAUGUUGAAGAAGAUAUUGAUAUGGACCUUUCUGAAUAA